AUAAAAACAUCAAAUUGCAAACCUAACCAACUUUCUCUCUCUAACUUCUUCUUCUUUGAUCUAGAGAGAGAAAGUGUAGAGAGAGGGAAAUGGCGACGGUUAAUGACGACCAAUCGAAGACGUGCGUCGUCAUCGGCGGCAGAAGCUUCGUCGGAAAAUGCCUUGUUAGUAGGUUACUGAAGCUCGGUAAUUGGAUCGUCCGAGUUGCCGAUUCAACUCACUCCGAUCACAACAACCGCGAUUCAGACGCUCUCUCUACUGGCCGUGUUUUCUAUUUCGAUGUUGACUUGCGUAACAAAAAUUCGAUCAUUAAUGCCAUUGAAGGUUCUUCAGUUGUGUUCUAUGUAGAUGAUGAUGAUGCCUGGAAUUAUGAUUUUUUUUCUGGGUACACAAUAAUUGUACAAGGUGUGAAACAUGUCAUCAGUGCAUGUAGAGAAUGCAAAGUUAGACGGCUAGUAUAUAACAGUACUUCUGACGUAGUGGUGGAAAGUUCACAGGAUAUACAUAAUGGAAAUGAGACAUUACUAUAUGCUACAAAAUUUAAGAACAUAUAUAGUGAACUCAAGGCUCAAGCAGAGGCUCUUGUUCUGCAUGCCAAUGACAUCGAUGGCCUUCUUACCUGUGCUCUCCGCCCUUGCAACAUUUUUGGACCCGGAGACAAGCAGCUUUUGCCAUCUCUUGUCGAUGUUGCAAAAUCUAGCUGGGCUAAGUUUAUUAUAGGAAGUGAUGGAAGCAUGUGUGACUACACAUACGUGGAAAAUGUUGCUCAUGGUCUUAUAUGUGCAGAAGCUGCUUUGGGCUCUCGUAUGGUUAUUGUAUCUGGAAAGGUAUUCUUCAUCACUAAUCUCGAGCCAGUGAGUUCCUGGGAGUUUUCCCUGCGCAUGCUAGAGGGGCUAGGUUAUUACAGGUCAACGGUCAAACUCCCUGCUGUGGUUGUCAGGCUGAUUGUAAACCUCAUUAAAUGGAUGUAUUCAAAGACAAAUGCCAGGAACAUUAGUAGUUCUGUUUCGGUGCAUAAUAUUGUCCAGUUAAUGUCGCACACUACAACCUUUGAUUGCUCUGCAGCACAGCAGCAGAUUGACUACUCGCCUGCUGUCUCACUGGAGGAAGGUGCUGUAGCAACCAUUGAAUCGUUUACUCAUUUAGCAAAGGACUCGUCUUCUACAGUUCUUGGAGAACUUUAUGAACAAUCAAAAAUGGAGCAGCUGCUAGGUGGUGGGGAAGUUGCAGAGGUCUUACUGUGGAGAGAUGAGAGGAAAUCAUUUUUUUGCUUUAUUGGGGUAGCUUCUCUAUUCUACUGGUUUUGUUUGUGUGAAAGAACACUUGUCUCUUCUACAGCUCAACUGCUGCUGCUUGUCAUCGUUUUUCUAUACGGAUUUGCUAGACUGUCACAUGAAAAUUUCUCAAUGUCAACCGAAGUGUCUAGGUAUGUACGGUCCGUGCUUUCUGAAAUGGAUAUGAGGAGCUAUGCGAGAACUGUAGCAAACACUUGGAAUGGGGGAAGUCAUGUUGUUGGAUCUUUGGCACAAGGAGGAGACUGGAGUUUGUUCUUGAAGGUAGUUGUUUCACUGUAUCUUUUCAAGUUGCUUAGUGUCAACUCUUUCCCCACAUCAUUGGGAAUAGCAUUGGCCUUCUCUUUUAUAUUGUUCUUCUUUUAUGAGCAAUAUGAAGAAGAGAUUGAAGGAUUACUAGGGAUUUUAAAGGAGCUCUUGAUGCAAUUUAUGGAAUCUGUGCCAUCUUCUCUAUCUAACACCUCAACCAUAUCCAUGUAGAUAUCAGGUUAAACAUAGCUGUAUUGCAGUCUAAGCUUUGUUAGCAAGCAAGAUCUUAUACAAUCUGUAAAUGUGGAUGACUAUCCUGCAAAUGUCAAAAGACUUCAUAGUGGUUAACUGUCAUCGGUUGGAAGGAUUUAGAUAGUCACAUCUGACUUAAAUAGAGCAAUUAGUUGUUUUGAAACAACUCUUGUGCAUGUGUAACUCCUUUUGUUCUCUAUUUUUUCUCCACAUAUAAAUGAUGUUAGAUAGCUAAA